AUUAUUUAUAGGUUAGACACAAACAAAUAAAACGUGCGACCGUGCGACUACGAAUUGUGUUGGGACUCCGUGAAAACUGGCACGAAAAUAGAUGUGCAAUAAACAUUUUGCAUCCCGGCAAACCUUGUUUUGUUCGUUGGCUAAUGUAUAGUGAUUGUGCCGUGAGUUGUGAAUGAUGUUGCGAUCGCUGCUUGGCAGUGCAUGCAAAACCAACGCGAGCCGAACGCAUUUCCUCGCAGCGCUCUCGCGCUUUUCGUUUUUCUCAUCAUUCGCGGCAAACCCGCGAUUACAUAAUCACAUGCUUUCGCCGAAUCGUAGUAGGCAACCCAACGAGUUGAAUGAUUCUAAUCAGCGCGGAUUGUACUUCUCGACGGCCGAAUUUAAUUCCACCGUUGAGGAAUCCUUGCAGAAAUGGUGCAAGAUAUUCACGAAUAGAAAAAUUUCGGAACCUUUGGAAAGUAUCGCGAAUAUUUUGGCCAGUGUGUUAAAAACAAAUAAUAUUUUAUUUUGAAUUCGGUUUGAAUUUAGUUGGGCGAAGUUUAUAAACAUCGAAAACUUGUCCUUUCGGAUUUGCAAGUGCAGAAUGUCAACGCGAUGUGUGAAAAACGACUUCAACAAAUGCCAGUGCAAUAUAUCAUUGGCGAGUGGGAUUUCCGCGAUAUAAACCUAAAACUACGCCCGCCGGUAUUCAUCCCGCGGCCGGAAACUGAAAUGUUGGUGGAGAUAGCGUUGCAAGACAUUAAAACCAGGAAUGUCGAACGUGUAUUAGAAUUAUGUUGCGGCAGCGGAGCAAUCAGUUGUUCUUUACUUCACGCCGUAAAAAAUUUAUCAGCGGUAACAAUUGAUAUUUCACCGGAUGCAUGUCGAUUGUGCGCGGAAAACGCACACAUUUUGUCAUUGACGGACAGAAUGCAAAUAGAAAAUUGCGCCGUCAAAGAUUUUUCCUCCGAUGACAUGUUUGAUGUGAUUAUCAGCAAUCCACCGUACGUUUUAACUGGUGAUAUGAAGGAUUUGCAACCGGAAAUAUUACUAUACGAAGAUGUGGAAGCGCUCGACGGCGGCGCUGACGGUCUGGACGUGGUAAAGCAAAUAUUUACACUCGCAUCAAGACAUUUAAAUCCGAGCGGCAGUUUAUUCCUGGAGGUCGAUCUGUCGCAUCCGCGGCUUAUACGCGACCUCCUCGCCGACGGCGGCGAAGACCUCACACUUCUAGCAACCCACGAGGAUCUCGCCGGCGAGACGCGCUUCGUUCAGAUAAUUAAAAAGCAAGAAACCUCCACGUAAAGCUCAAAUGUCGAAAAAAACACGCCAUAGGAAUAAAUAAACAAGACGCAACCACCAAA